AUUCUCCUAGACAACCAAGGCGUAUGAAGCUAACACAGCAACAAUUGGACAGCAUGACAAAGGACGAGCUAGCAGCCAAGUGGCAUGAACAGGACUUGUAUGUGGAGUGUCUAGAGGCCCAGGCGGCAGCCCAGGAAGGUACUGAGAUCACUUGAGUGAGACCACCUCACUCACCACAUUUCUUAAGCGAAUUUAUGAAUGCCAGAACACAACGGUCUCUUGUAUGAGACAAGACUCUUAUAGGGACGCUAAGAUUAGGGAUUAAGCAUAUUAUUAGUACUGUGUUUAGGAUAAUAAUAAUGCUAAGUUUUUAUAAAUUCUAAAGUCGAAAAAAUUUUGAAUAAAUAAGUAUCAUAAUAAGAUAGAUGAAAUUCUUAAGAACAUCUCUUAUGACAUCGAUAAACAAAUUACAAUUGUAGAAAAUUUAUGUAUUCAUAUGAAACACUAGAUAGAUCAAUUGGGUAAUAGACUUUAGAUAAAGGCUAGUGAUACAGUAGUAUUGUAAUAUUUUGAAAACUACAUUUGUGAUGUGUAGUGCGGGCAAUUAAAUUAAUGCCAAUAUGUACAGUGUUCGAAAUUUUUUUGGUGAGCAGAAGUGAUGUGACAGUCAUAUACACUGCAUGUACAGAAAAUCUAAUACAAUAUUAUGCAUGUAUGCAUAAUUUUAUCAUCUGGUGUUAAGUUGCGCUGCUAUUGAUAUUAAAAGUCACUUAAUGCUAAAAGCAAAGUGUAUGUCGAAAAAAGUGAUAUUGUGUGACAAGAAGAGAUGAAAAGGUUUUUUCGAAUGUGUUCACUAUGAAUCAUUUCUUUCACUGUAAUAAACACACAUAGCUUACUUUUGGUAUGAGCUCUUAAGUGACCGUGCAGUGUGCCACGUAUAAUUCUACAGUGUAGUAAAACACACUGCCAGAAGCAGGACAGUGCGUGUGUGUUUGUGUGUACAUUGGAUAUCGAGUUUCCACUUUGCGAGGAUUGAAUGAAAUACAACAUCCUCGCUGGCUCUGAAUAUACCACUCAGAAGAGUAAAAACAGAGGCCCUAUGUCAUCCUUUGGCCCACAAAACUCUGUGCCAGGGAUGCGUGAACCUAAGUCUUGGUGAAGUACGAAACCUUUAAUUGAUGCAGUUAUGAUCUGAAAUUCCAGCUGCUUUUUCCAAUCCUAACAAUUCUUAUCCCAGUCUACAAUCUUUAAUAUCAUCUUAUAUAUAGAUACAUCUGAUAAAACUGAACAAUUUUAAUUAUGUUCCUAGACAAACAUCCCUGUCUAUUCCCAUUAUGAACGCAAUUCAUGCAUGCAUUUGUACCUGCACCAUAACUUCCUGAUGUCCAAGUACCAAUCUGAAAAAAAUACAAUCCUGAUCAAAUAAGGCCGGGAGGUUAUCUUGUGACAACAUCUGUGUCUGCAACAAGUAGUCUAUCUAUUUUCAUGGAAGAAAAGUAACGUCCACUCUUGGUCUCGGUGGAAGCACAGAGAAUCUCACAAAUGGCACGAUGCAACAACUCCAAACUCAAAGUGAGCUAUCCUCAUUGAGGGAUUCUGAAAGCAAGUACAGACAGCAACAUGCAGAAGCAUCUCAUAGAGAGAAGAUUUUAGUCAGGAGACUUGCUUCUAAAGAACAAGAAUUACAAGAAUAUAUUAGUCAAAUUGCUGAAAUGAAAGCUGCUCAUGCUCCAUCCGCUGUGGCUUUAAGAUCUGCUUUGUUAGAUCCAGCUGUUAAUAUUUUAAUUCAAAAAUUAAGGCAAGAACUUGUUACAACUAAAGCUAAAUUAGAGGACACCCAGAAUGAACUUAGUGCCUGGAAAUUUACACCAGAUAGCAAUACAGGUAAAAGACUAAUGGCAAAAUGCAGAUUGUUAUAUCAAGAAAAUGAAGAAUUAGGUCGCAUGAUUGCUAGUGGAAGAAUUGCUAAGUUGGAGGGAGAUCUUGCUCUUCAAAGAAGUUUCAGUGAAGAAAUGAAGAAAUCACAAUCAGAAUUGGAUGAAUUCUUGCAAGACUUGGACGAGGAUGUUGAAGGAAUGCAGAGCACAAUUUACUUCUUACAACAGGAGCUACGCAAAGCUCGCGAAUCAGUUACAUUGUUACAGCAAGAAAAUGCAGCGUUGAAAGCAAAUUCAAGCGAAAAUAAUUUAACGAAUGGUUUGUCACCUCACACGCCACCAAUAAAGAAGGAAGAAUCCGAGGAAAAUUCAAUUUCGGAAACAAAGACUUCAAAAUCAAUGGAAGAUAGUGAUGUGUGCAAAGGUGCUAGGACUCCACCGUUAUCAUCGCAGCGAUCGCCACAGUGUGAGUUUUCUAAUACUGAAAGAACAGAACGCGUCGAACGAAAACCCAAUCAAGCAGAUCAUAAUGACGAAAGCUCAAGUGAUUCGGCUGCUUUGAUCAUUAAAGUAGAGAAUGAGGAAUUAAGUGAUAGGGAAGAAGAACAUGAAGAAAAUCGAAAUAAUAAGAGGAUACUGAGGAGCAAAAGUCAUAAUAGAAAUAACAAUAAAACUAAUGGGGAAGAGGUGCUAACUAGAAUAACUAGGGGUAGGGAUAGGACCAAAAGGGACAAAAGUGCACCAGGUAGUGACGACGAAAGGACAUAUAAAAAAAAGAGAAGAGAGAGUAUCCUUUCUCUUGAUUAUAACGAAGCUGAUGAUGACGCGUUAGUUCUAACUAAUGGUGAGACGCUUCAAAGCGAUCCAGAAUGAACAGUUUUCUAGAACGAUUUUAUACAUGUAACACUUGUUAUAUAUGAACAAAACUUAGCGUGACUUAAUACCCAACAUAAGUUGAAUCUAAUAUUUCAUACUUAAGAAUAAUAUGAAGCCACAUUAUGGUAAAUAUUAUUUCUGAUGGUUUUAUAAUUUUUCAUAACGUGUAUCCGUAAAUAUAUCUUUUAUUUCAAUUUUUUUGAAGUCACGUUAAUGCCAAGAUAACAGCACUUGAUUACGUAUGAUUAUAUCUUCACAAAAAUAACGUGGCGUUGGAAUAAAGGGGUAGAUAGUUAAAACUAUUUUUUCUUUCGCAAUAAAGUCGCAUUAAAUUUUCUAAUAAGUAUUCGUUAUUACGAACAAAUGCUUCAACGUUUUUAAAUGGCUUUUUGUAAAUUCGUUAAAACAUUGAUAGUAGCUUCUCUUGUUAGAUUUUGCAGAGCAAUCAUAAAGAAUAUAAAUAACAAUAGAAUAAUAAUCAGGGCUAUGCCCUUUUUAUUAUGUAAAUACACAAAUGUUAAUAUCUGGUACACAACGACGCACAUACAUAGAUUUAUACACGAUUAUGUGCGCAAUAAUUUGUAUGUAUGUAUUGUUUUUUUCAUUGUGAGACACGCGUGUCAACAUUCGUUAUUCAUGCAUAAAAUAUGCUUUUAAUUGUGUAUAAUAAAAUUGAGGUCUAUUUGUUAGA